UGCAAACCCCAGAAUGCAAGAGGGGCGUCACUGGAUGAUACCCAGCUCUACCUCUCUUUCAAAUCAGAACCAGUGAAGGCGGUGAAGGUCCUGUGAGCUGAACGAUCGCAGGCGAUGGCUCCCCUCCCGGGAGCGGAGCUGGUGAAGAGCUCUCUGCAGCUGUACCGAUACCUGUUGCGUUGCUGCAAGUUGUUGCCAGGGAAGAACGUCCAGGAGCACUACAAGCACAUGAUCCGGCAGAGUUUUCACGUCCAUGCUGAUGAAGACAACCCAGAGCGGAUCCGGCAGAUCAUCAAGAGAUCCAUUGAAGAUGCUGAUUGGGUGAUGGAAAAAUAUAAGAAACGAAAAUAGGCCGGAAAGAGUUAGAUGGAGAGAAGACGCCUCGUUUCUUGAAUCAAUUUGGGUUCAGAGGACCAGAGUGGAUCAGCAGCCCUCGUCUUUCUCCGGUUGCAAAAUGUACGAUGGCGAACCCUACCUCGGCCUCCCUGGGUUGAGCUCUUUGCUUUCAGUGAUCAUCCAUUGGCACAGACAAGCAGGAUGCUGUCGCGAUUUACCAGAUUUCGGUUUCAGACUUAAAUGCUGAACUCCCUUGAUAAUGGAGUCAGGAUUUUUUGGCUGAAACAUAGGGAAUGCUUGAAUCUCGAAAAAGGAGUUGUUUGAGAUCUCAGGAUGGAAAGUUGUGUCUACAGGAUUCUGCUUAGGGCUGAAUAAUGAACGUAGCUUUGUUUUGCUGGAAUUCAGAUAAACAAGACACCCUUGGAUUGGAGACUGCUGCUUGCUUUGAAAUCUUCAUUAAAAACAAGUGCAUGGUAGCCACACUUCUGCUUACAGCCAAUAAAUCAGGUGCCCCCCAUACACUGAAGAGUCAAGGAUCUCUUUGCUGAUUUAAAUUAAAACGCCCACAGGCUAUACAAAAAACCCCAAUGUAUGUGCCAUUUGUAAUUCAGUUUUAAGAAAGUGUGCCAGAUUACAUUACAUGAAAUUGCUUUUUUUGGUAGCCAAAAGGCAAAGAAUUCAUAUUUACUUUAAAAUGAUAUGCCUUGCUUUUCAUUUCAUCUGCGCUUCAAAGUGUCCUGCAAAGAUCUAAAACGUUGAAAAAUAAAACAUAGGAACCCCAAGA